AUCCAGAAGAGAACAAUGGGCAAACCAGCAGUUAUCAGAUUUACCCGUUUCUCAGAGAAGAAAACACCAGAAACGUUUUACAGACGGCUUCUGAAGUUGUACUUUCCACACAGAAGAGAUGAGGACCUGAAAAAUGAGGAACACACAACUUACAAAGCCUUAUACGACAAUGGACUCUGUGAUAGGUGGCAAGUUAAACAGUACGUUGAGUGGAACCGCAAAAGAUACGAAGGUGAAGGAAAGAAAAUUGACAAGAUUAUGGAAGAACUGACAAAGCAAGGACCGGUUCGCAAUGCUUGGAACACUUUUGCUCCUGAAGUUGAGUUGGACCGUUUGGAAUGCGUAGCGGAGCGACCCUCAAUCGAUGAAAAUGAAGAACAAGAUCCUGUCCCAGAAUACCAAGUUGAUGUCAACAGUGGAGCCAUGCCAGCAAUCGAAAUACCCAAAUUGAGCCCUGAUUUUAUUACACAAAUGUACCGUAGUUUAAAUGAGACUCAAGCGUCCAUGUUUUACGCCAUUCGCCAUUGGUGUCUGCAACGUGUCUCUGGUCAAAAUCCAGACCUGUUCUUUUAUUUUUUGACUGGAGGGGCGGGCUGUGGCAAGUCUCAUGUUAUCAAAUGUGUUUACCAGGAAGCAACCAAGCUCUUGCACCAGCUUCCCAGAUUUCGCGAUAUUGGUGACAUGUCUCAGCCCACGGUACUCCUCACAGCUUUUACUGGAACUGCAGCUUACAACAUCUCAGGCAAGACUUUACAUUCAGUUUUGAAGCUACCCAAAAGCUUAAAGCCACCAUACAAAGGACUUGGAAAUACACUGGAUGAAGUGAGAGCCGUUCUUUCCAAUGUAGAAAUCUUAAUCAGCAAUCAAGGAGUUGUUUGGAAGCAAAGGAUUUACUCAACUCAUCUCGGAUCCAACAACGGAAAGGCAGACUCUCAUUGACCACAUUUACAUAUCUCAGCCAGAAUAUUGUGUUCAGUCAGGUGUGUUGCAGACUUAUUACAGUUACCACAACCCUGUAUAUUGUAUUUUGGCUUCAUUUUCAGCUGCAUCUUCACCAUGACUUGAGAGGAGGGCUGGGAAACAAAUUACACUAGGACAAUAGUCCUGUCAUUUUUAACGGUACUCCAUCUUGGGCAAA